AUGAAGAUGAUAGACGUCCUACCCACAGAUAUUCUUACUGACAUCCUUUCGAGGCUACCGGUAAAAUCGGUUUGUUGCAUCAGAUGUGUAUCCAAGGCCUUAUUAAAGACGGUUGAUGACGUCUCGUUUGCCACAAUGCACAUGCGGCGUCGUUUACUUGAUGAUGUUCAUCAAGUACCUCGACUUGUUCUUCGUUCUUACUAUCGCUUUGAAGAACAAAGAAUGCAGACAUUCAAAUAUGAUGGCAACGACUUAUUGACAAAGAGCAAACCUGCAAUUAUUUCCGAAUUCAAGUCCCGACAGUAUUUUCAUAAGCAGGAUUUUGUUUUCUGCAACUUGUUUGGCUUUACUAGUCUUAGUACGAAAAAUGAAAGGUCAUGCUUGUUGGUGAAUCCUUUCAAGGGAGAAUUUCUAAUGCUCCCAACAACUAGUGAACUCCAAGCUCCAGCCAAUAUUUUCAGCAAUAGCGAUACUUACGGCAUGGGAUUUGAUACCAUGACCAACACCUACAAGAUUGUCCGCGUCUCCCGCUAUCUAAAGAAGGACUACCAGACCUACGUGGUGACGGCUGAAGUUCUUGUGUUGGGGACAAGCUCAUGGCGGGAAUUACCCUUAGCUCCUCCUUGCUAUCCAUCAAGAGAUGUGGCAUCAUCUACAUAUGAAGCCGUGCAUUGGCUGGUUAGUGAAUAUGACAACAACCACGGGUCGUCGAGACUUAUACUUUCUUUUGACUUCAAGAACGAGGAGUUCUAUUUGACUCCUCAUCCCUUCGCCUUAAAUGAAAAUCUGGAUUUUUUUUCUUUUGUUCACUUGCUUACUUUCAGGGGAUCUUUGGCCCUAGUGGAUGUUUCUUCGUCAAAUAUAGAGAUAUGGGUAUUGGUAUUGAAAAAUUAUGAUGGUAAGAAGAAACAUGAGUGGAAGCUAAAUUACAAAAUAGAUAUGCAACAACAUCCUCUUCGUGUUUGGCAUCAUACGUAUGAGCUUUUAGAGUUUGGUGAGUGGGAGCACGGCAUAUUUUUCCAUGAGAACUAUUGCUGUUUGAGAAAUAUAUUUUUUGUGGACCUCACACGUAUGUCCGUGAAGCUAUUCAAAGAUAGACUUGAUUUUAUGAUGGUCUAUAGUUGUACUGACAACAUGAUUUCUCUAAAGAAUUAUGGAGAUUUGGCAGAAGUAGAAGAACAAAGGUACACAAAGUUUAUUAUUGAGCGUGAAACACAAAGCGCUUAG